CCGGGUGGGAAGAUGGUGGAAUCGGGGAACGGGGCCUGGUAGGGGGAGGCUGGCGGCCCGGUGGGUUGGUUGGAGGACAUAACCGGAGCAGGGAUCGGAGUUCGCGUCCGUCCAGAAUAUGUGCAAGUUGGUGUAAUGAUCCAAGAUGACUUCCUAUUUUACUGAAGAAGUUCAACUUAGUAGAAGAUAUGAAGAAAUACUAUCCCAGAGAUUAAUGUUACUUCAGCAAAUGCAGUAUGAGUUUGGGGAAGAGACAACUGAAAAAGCAUGUCAAAUUCAAGCAUCUGAGGUAGCUCAUAGAAGAAAUUUCACUCUUUUAAAUGCCAUAGAAGAAGUAAAAAAGGCACUGAGAACAAGACUACAUUUACUUCCACAUCCUGAGAUACUUACUCUCGAGACCCUGUACUGGAAAUCAGUAGAAGAAUGUAUCCCCAAGUGGAAGGAGUUUCUUUUAGGAAGAGUACAAUAUCCUGUUGAAAAACAAAACUAAAAAUAAAAUUAAUGGAGAAUUCACCAGUGUAAUAGGCAAUAACAAAGAACAAUUUCUACGUGGAACUGCUUUUCAAAACAUCUGUGCAGGAAAAUAAAAUAUAAUAAGUGAAGUAAA